AUGGCAAUCAGUCACUCCACUUUAGCAUUUGCCUUUGGCAUGCUAGGUAAUGUCAUUUCCUUCAUGGUAUUCUUGGCUCCAAUUACAACAUUUUAUCGCAUAUAUAAGAAGAAAUCAACUGAGGGUUUCCAAUCACUACCUUAUCUGGUGGCAUUAUUCAGUUCCAUGCUUUGGUUAUACUAUGCAUUACUCAAAAAACAUGAAUUUCUCCUAAUUACCAUUAACUCCUUCGGAUGCGUAGUAGAACUCAUGUACAUAAUCUUGUACAUCAUUUAUGCAACCAAGGAUGCAAGGAAAUUAAGUAUUAAGUUAGUUUUGGCGAUGAACAUUGGAUCGUUUGGUUUGAUCCUUUUGGUGACACAGUACGCUUUGCAUGGUCCGAUUCGUGUUGAAGUUCUUGGAUGGGUUUGUGUUUCUAUAUCAGUUAGUGUGUUUGCAGCACCAUUAACCAUUGUGGCACAAGUUAUUAGAACAAAGAGUGUUGAGUUUAUGCCGUUCAAUUUAUCGUUUACUCUCACACUGAGUGCAAUUAUGUGGUUUGGUUAUGGUCUUUUUCUCAAAGACAUAUGCAUUGCUCUACCAAAUGUGCUUGGAUUUGUACUAGGGUUGGUUCAGAUGAUACUCUAUGGUAUUUAUAGGAAUGGUAAUAAAAAAGCUUCAGCACAAGAUUCACUAAAAGGUGUUGUUGUAGCAAACUCAUUAGGAGGAGCUGGUGAAGUGUUUCCUGUGGAAGAAUAUGCAGAGAAAGGAAUGAAGAAGGAUGAAGAAGAGAAAAAGAAGAACAUGGAAGAAGUUUAA